AUGACAGACAAUUCAAUUUCAAGAAAAGUUAAGGACAUUACAGCAGGAUUCGUCGGAGGUGCCACACAAGUAUUAAUCGGUCAACCUUUUGAUUUGAUCAAAAUCCGUUUACAAACUUCAAAUUCUACCAUUACACAAGUUUUUCAAGAUGUGGUAAAGAAAGAAGGAAUCUUAUCAUUUUACAAAGGAACAUUACCACCAUUAUUUGGAGUUGGGGCAUGUGUAUCAUUGCAAUUCUAUGGAUUCCACGAGACUAAAAGAUAUUUCGAAAGUAAAUCAGGUAAGUCUUUAACUUGGAAGGAAAUAUACUUAAGUGGAGCUAUGGCAGGGAUUGUUAAUACUCCUGUUGCCUCUCCAGUUGAACAAUUAAGAAUCUUAUCUCAAUCGUCAUCCACAAAGAUCCAUAUGAAAGAAUUGAUCGGAGAUAUUUAUAAAAAUCAUGGAUUUAAAGGAAUUUUCAGAGGGUUCAAUAUCACCUUAUUAAGAGAAAUUCAAAGUUAUGGAGUUUGGUUCUUAAGUUACGAAACCAUCAUUCGUAGUGUUGUCAAUUAUCAUAAUUAUGAAAGCAGAGAUAGUUUAAGCACCCCUGAGUUACUUUUAAGUGGAGCAGCAGCAGGAAACUUAUUAUGGUUAAGUGCAUAUCCUUUAGAUGUCAUCAAAUCUAACAUUCAAAGUGAUAGUUUCAAGAACCCUAAAUUUAAUGGUGUUAAUUCCGUGGUAAAAUAUAUUUAUAGCACAUAUGGAUUAAGAGGAUUUUGGAAAGGUAUUGGACCAUGUUUAGUUAGAGCAACUCCAUGUUCUGCUGGAACUUUUGCCAGUGUAGAAUUAGCUUUAAGAAUGUUAAAUUAG